AAAGCUGACAUCAUUUCAUGAGCUCAUGUAGGUAUGUUCCUGCAGCAACACAAAACACAACAACUUUCGUGAUUUUGUGACUUUUUCAAGAGACUUUUUAAACACCUUUUGAUUGCCUUCACUUCUAAGGAAGCUACUUGAAGCGACAACAGAUGAGAGUUACUUUGUGCGCUCUUCCUUUCUGAUCAUCUGCAGAAAUGCAUUCAUUUGUCCUCAUAUAACUUCAACUCUAUAAACUGUUUUCACCGUUUGCAAAAAUGGAACAAAGUCUUGCUGAUCUACUCUCUGGUGCAUUUUCAGAAACAUCUGUUCCAUUGUUUCCUGAUGGAGAUUUGGACUUUGAGAAUUUAAAUUUUGAUGAAAAACUCGGGGAGGACAAAACAGGCAUCGCUCGUGAAAACCUACCAACAAAGGAAGACGAAUCUCUGAACGAGGAAGCAACUGUUCGAAGUGCAGACAUGGAAACUGAAGAUAUAUACAUGGCUGAAAAUGUUGAUGAAGAGCAGUCUGAUGGGGAGGAUUUUCAAGGUGCAGGGGUCAAGAGCACGGACAAAACACCAGCGGAGGAGGAAGAGGAUUACACAAGCUCCGGUGGGGAAUCUGAAGAGGAAGGUUCUGCCUCAGGAGAGGAUGAAGAGGAUGAGGAAGAGGAUUUGGGAACAGGAGAGGAAUCAGGUGAAUUGUUGAUGUCAGUCCACUGCGGUGGCGGGUUUUGCGAUGGUACUAAAGAGGACAGGAUCUUUGCUGAGGGACAACCUCUGGCCCCAGAGGGUGCUGAAAGCUCUCAAGUUAAAAACGAGGAGCAAGGUGACAGAGAGAGAGAUGAGGAGGUGUCCUAUUUUGAGAGAAUCCCUGAACGUGGUAGUGUGAUGAUGAUAAAAGACGACGGGAUUGAAGAGGAUGAGGAAGAAAAUGAAGAAGAAAAGCAAGAGGACUCAUCUGACUCUGAGUGUGAGGACAUGAAAAUCGAACAAGAGUCGGAGAUUGAAAAUCCUUGCAGAGAUAGCGCAACAAAAGCCAGUUUGGAGUUUCCAGAAAUAUCAGUGCAAAAUCUUCAGGAUCUUAUUGCUGAAGUGGAUAGUGAGGAGUGUGCAGAGAAAAUGAAAGAUUUCUCAGGGGAGGAGCACCAGGAGGCAGGUGAGAGCUUUGCAGAUUAUCCCUCAGACUUCUCUUCAUAUGAGGACGUAGAAGAUGGAGGAAAGAAUAAAAAAAGUGAUCACCAGUCGACUGCAAAGCAGGACGCCUGGCUGGAAAGAGCUGUAACAAAUAUAACAUGGAUGAGAAGAGAUGAGGAAACUGCUGAGGAGGGAGACGAGUAUCUGUACAGCAUAGAUUUAGAGGUGGAUGCUGAUAAGUUCAGGGGCUUGGAUGUGGCGACUGAAGAAAAAGACAGAGAGAAAACAGAGUUUGUUAAGGCCGGGUUGGCCUAUGCAGUUGUGACCGGGAGUGAUGAUGGAGAAGAGACAAGUGAGAGCGACUCCUACAGCUCUGAUGAUGAUGAUGAGGUCCAAGUAAAGAAGAGCGAUGAGGAACUCGUGGAGAAUAUGUGUCAACAAGAUCUUGAAAGCAACAAGCAACUGGAGGGGCUUCACGGGGGGAGCAGUGCGGCGUUUGCCUUGUGGAGCACAUCUGAUGACUACAACAGAGCAGAUUUCAACAUAAACUGGAAUAAUCUUCUGUCUGAAGACCUGUUAACCACAGAGGACACAGACAGAGCGGAAACAUUGCUUUCAGAUCUGACUCUGCGUCCCGCAGAAGCCGUCAACACCUGCUCUAUGGUACAGAGAGGGGACGCAACAAACACAAGCCCUUCUAACCAGGGGUCACUGGAUGACAGCUUCUUCUUCAACACUGAACCUGAAGCCUCUGGGAGCUCUGAGCUGGGACAGCUGGGAGAUGACGAGUACGAAGAUGAGAGGAACUGGGAACAAGAGAAGGAGAGAAUCAAAGCUUUCUACGAGUUUUAUGAUGACAGCGAAGGAGAGAACGACAGAGAAGGAAGGCAGAUAAAAGUUCAGUUUUGUACAGAUCCAUUAUCUCAAGUCAUUCACUAUGAAACUGACAGCAGCGACAGAGAUUCACUCAGCAGCUCCACAGACAGAGAGGAAGACCUGAGCUCUGCAGAAACAUCCGAGGAACUAAAGGAGCCUGAAGACAUCAUGCAAAUGCAGCCUGUUUGUGAGCCUCCAUGCGACACUCAACCACCAGAGAACGUGCCAGAUCCCUGCAAGACACAAAACUGUACCAGGAAACACAAAUGUCUCAACAUGCUGAAGCUGACACUGAAUAUGGGUGUGGUGAUAGGGAUGGGACUGGUGAUGCUCUGGUUCGCCACAGACCAAGCAGACUGGCUCAGCCAAAUGACGUUCUUUUAGGGCAAAACCUAAUUUUUACCUUGUUUAGAUGCUUAAAGAUUAUGGAAGAAAAAUCCAUAAUGACAAUAUUGUAAAAAUGUGAUGUAAUGUGCUAGACAUUCAAAGCUGAGUUCUGUUAUAUGCAAUUUUGUGCUUAAUAAAGAUAUAUCUUUGUUUACAAU